AUGAAAUACUGUUUAAUCGGCCUGCUCGCGCUCUUCCUCAGCCAACCGGUGUUGGCAGUCGAGGAAUGUGUUGUGCUGCUGCAUGGUUUGGCGCGAACGUCAGACUCAAUGAGUGUGCUGGAAGACCAGCUGGAAGAAAGCGGCUAUCGCGUUGCCAAUCUUGAUUACCCUUCCCGAGCGAAACCUAUCGAAGAACUGGCUGAACCCACCAUCAAGGAAGGGCUCACAGCCUGCAUGGAUGCCCCAACGGUUCAUUUUGUCACCCACUCCCUGGGCGGCAUUCUUAUUCGCUAUUACCUGGCGAGCAACAGCAUCCAACAACUCGGGUACGUUGUUAUGCUGGCACCACCCAACAAAGGCAGUGAAGUUGUUGAUAACUGGCAGAACGUGCCAGGCUACCAGGCGCUCAACGGCCCUGCCGGAAUACAACUCGGCACCGACAAGAACAGCAUCCCGAACCGGCUGGGAUCGGUUGAUUUUCCCCUGGGCAUUAUUGCUGGAAACAAAACUUUUAACCCAAUUCUCUCACUCAGCCUGCCAAACCCCGACGACGGCAAAGUCAGCGUUGAAAGCACUAAAGUGGAUGGCAUGACAGAUUUUAUUGAAGUAGAAAUCUACAGCGGUAACAAAGAAGAUUGGGUGCUCGAGAUCAUCAGCGAUGACAAAACCAUUAUUAUCGACACUACUUUUCCCAGCGAAGAAGCUGCUUAUGGCGCAUUCGAGGGGCUGGUGAAACAGUAUGGUCUCGAGGGGCUGGCUGCAUCUUAG